AUGAGAGGGGAUCCUCAUGUUGGCACCAUUCCGGCAUCGUGGGGCACAUCGGAGCUGUCCUCAACAUUCUCCGAGUUUCACAACUCCGAAUCCAUCCGCGCAGUUAAGGUUGUCAUUGAGGACGAGACGCUCGUGGCCAAGGAUGUUGUGAAUGCCAGCGGCGACUGGCGCGAGGACUUUGAUGGCGCCAUCACUCCACUGCUCGAGGAGAAGAAGCCGUGCUAUCUGCUGUACCGCCUUGAUUCGCGCAAUGCUUCUGGCUUUGACUUUGUCUUCAUUGCCUGGAGCCCAGACUUUGCCAACGUGAAGGAAAAGAUGUUGUACGCUUCCACAAAGGCCACCUUCAAGCAGACUUUUGGCACGCGGUACAUCAAGGAGGAACUCUACGCCACAGAGCCGAAAGAUACGACGCUCGAGGCAUACGAUAGGCACCUCGUCAGCGAGGCCGCCCCGCCCCCUCUUACAGAGGAAGAGAUUGAGAAGGCAGAAAUCCGGCAGGCAGAGACCGGCGCGAACAUUGGCGUGUCGACGAAGCGUCAGGUUGCGACGGGUGUGUCGUUUCCGCUCGAUGCAGACGCAAUGGCGGCUGUCAACGACUUCAAGGCAGACAAGAAGACAUACGUUCAACUGCGUCUUGAUCUGGAUGCUGAGCAGAUCAAACUUGCCAAGGCUGACAAGUCUUCCAUCGACGAUAUUGCCGCCCAAGUGCCCGAGGACGCGGCACGGUAUCAUCUCUUCAACUUCAAGCACAGCCACGAGGGCGACAACAUGGAGUCAGCCGUGUUUGUGUACUCCUGCCCAGGCUACAAGUGCAGCGUUAAGGAACGCAUGAUGUACUCGACGUGCAAAGGCCCACUCAUCGACACCCUCGAGGACGAAGUCGGCAUCCAGCUCGCAAAGAAGCUUGAGAUCUCCGAGGGCUCUGAGUUUACGCAGGAGUGGCUCUACGACACACUGCACCCAAAGCAGGUCGUGUUCAAGCAAAAGUUCAAGAAGCCUGCGCGCCCCGGCAAGGGUGGCCGUCGCCUUAUCCGCGACCGCAAGUGAAGCAGCGGACGGAAUGCACCAGCAGCACCUCACACGUGCUUUGCAUGAUGUGAUGUGGCUGGUGUGAGCUGUCUUUCCUUUUUUUUGCUUGCUUGCUUGCUUGCU